GCGCUGUGAAGCUAACUGCUGCCCGCACUGACCCGGAUAAUAAACACUAUUUUAGCCGGAAAGCUAACGGAAUAUUCUAACAUACAUUUAUUUUUUAUUUACAGUUGUAUUUAGACCCUUCGGUUUAAUCGUAUCUGUUGGUCUCCUUCGUUAUAAACUGCUGCUAUGAUAAAAAAAUCUUUUAAUCGUUCGCUUUAGCUCAUUUAACAGUUAGCCGGGUUAGCCAUGCUACUGCUAGCUGUGCUCUAGUAACUGACACUCGUGUCUUUACGACUAAAAUAUAAAAAUAACCAAACACUGUGUCUGGUUUACAUUUGUCUAGAUACUAGAACCGUGUGGCAGGAUGAUCUCUCAGGUCUUCAUCUUGUCCUCCAAGGGCGACCACCUCAUCUAUAAAGACUUCCGAGGAGAAGCAGGAAGUGACGUCGUCAGUGUCUUCUAUGAGAAGGUCACAUCGUUGACUGGAGACCAGCCUCCGGUCGUCAUGAGUCACAAAGAUCUUCACUUUGUCCACGUCCGUCAGGGAGGACUCUACUGGGUCGCCACGACAACGGCCGAUGCCUCACCCUUCACCAUCACCGAGUUCCUCAACAGGCUCAGCGGUCUGGUGAAGGAUUACUGUGGGACUCUGUCGGAGAAGUCGGUGCAGAUGAACUUUGCUUUAAUCUACGAGCUGCUGGACGAGGUCGUGGACUACGGCUACAUCCAGACCACAUCCUCUGAGGUCCUGAAGAACUUCAUCCAGACCGAGGCCGUGUCCUCCAGACCCUUCAGCCUCUUUGACCUCAGCAAUGUGGGCCUGUUUGGAGCUGAGACCCAACAGAGCAAAGUGGCUCCGAGCUCUGCAGCUACCAGACCCAUCCAGACCAGCAGAGACCAGGGAGGGAAGAGUGAGAUAUUUGUGGACGUGAUUGAGAGGAUGUCGGUGGUGAUCGGCUCCAACGGCGUCCUGAUGAAGGCAGACGUGGAGGGAGAGAUCAGAGUCAAGUGCUACAUGCCGAGCUGCUCUGAGAUGAGGAUCGGUCUCAACGAGGAGUUCAGCAUCGGAAAGUCUCAGCUCAGAGGUUAUGGAGCAGCGGUCCGUGUUGACGAGUGCAGUUUCCAUCAGACGAUCAGACUGGACGAGUUUGACAGUCACCGCAUCAUCAGAGUCUGCCCCCCCCAGGGAGAGCUGACAGUGAUGCAAUACCAGCUGAGGGACGACCUCCCCUCUCCCCCCCCCUUCAGCCUCUACCCCACAGUGGAGAGAGACAGCGGAGGAAGGUUACUCAUGUACAUGAAGCUCCGCUGUGACCUUCCUCCUCAGAGUGCUGCCAUCAACGUCUGUGCCUCCAUCCCUGUUCCUAAAGGCUCAGUGAGUUUGUCCCAGGAGCUCAGCAGCCCGGACCAGAGCGCUGAGCUGAGGCCUCAGAGUCGAGCCGUGGUCUGGAACAUCCCUCGCUUCUCUGGAGGAACCCAGCUCUCACUUCUCUUCAAGCUGGACGUCCCCGGCCUUAGCUCCGCCUCCUUGCUGGAGGUGGGCCCGGUCGGCCUGAGCUUCGAGCUGCCUAAGUUCACGGCCACCGGGCUUCAGAUCCGCUUCCUGCGCCUGACGCCGGUGCAGCCGGGUCCGUCUCAGCGCUGGGUCCGAUACGUCACCCACUCCGACUCCUACACCAUCCGGAUCUGAGCCGGCCUGAAGCCCGGUUAAUGAUCUCUGACUGACCUCCAUGUCUAAAGAUUCCUCAGAACAAACCCUGUAUCAGCAGCUCGGAGAGGAAGCUCUGAAAGCAGAAACCCUCAGCGAACACAUUCCUGUUUGUGCUGAUGCAGUCGGAUUCUCUCUGCUCACUUCUCCCUGCGUCUGCAUCAGCCUCUGACCUUUGACCUCUCACCGUCCACUUUAACCGGACUGUUUCCUCUGAGCGUCCUCUCAGGACGAGCGCUGCACAAAUAAUAUCCUGGAACAGAGCGAAGGGGUCGGACGACAUGUGACGGACGUUUGUUCACGGCUUUAAAGCAGCAGCAGCUCAGAGUCGACGGCCUCCAGCGUCAUUAUGAGACGCAAGGAACAAAUCAAACUCAUGAAAUAUAUAAUACACCCGUAGAAAAACAACAUGUACAGAGGAAAUGUAAAUAAAGUGCAGCUCAGUGCGAGUUCCAGUCUGUGAAA